AAUGCCAUGUAUACUGUACCAUAAAUCUCUCACAUAUCUUGUGCAUACUAAUUGUAGCUAGUAGGCCUACAUAGGGCAUUUAACUAACAGUAUUCAAACAGCUCAACUUGGAUGUCGUUGAGAUGUCUUGUCUUGCGCAGUCUAAUCUUUCUCCACUAAACUGAGGGAACCAGUGGUGAUUGCAUUACAUCACCAUCCUCUAUUGAAUCGUGUGUGAAGUUCGUACACACAGUUCAGUUUUCUCUGUGUGGAGUCAAUUGAGCAAUGAUUCCAAGAAGAGUAAACAUAUUGCUUUUGAUGUGUCUUCUGUGCCAGUCAGGUGUGCAGUGUGGACCCAGUGUGAACUACCCCUUUAAGAGAGUCUGUGGUCUUAAAGGGGCAUCAGUGGUCCUGCCCUGCAAGUAUGACUAUCCUUGGAGUCAUAUUUAUAUGAGAGGGGAGUGGUAUAGAGAGAGGAGCGGGAGAGUCAGCUCAUACAACAACCUUGAAUACCCUGACUGCAGCCUGAAACUGAACACACUUUCAGAUGAAGACGCUGAUGUGUAUCGCUUUCGGUUUUACACAAGCCUGCACUCAGACUGGAUAACAAGAAGAUCUGGUAUCAGACUUUCGGUCACAGAUGUACAACUGCAAGUGGAUCCUACAACAGCUACUGAGGGAGAGAGAGUGACACUGACCUGCAGCACUGCAUGUGCCCUGACUGAGAACCCCACCUUCACCUGGUUCAAGAACAGACAGCGCAUAAGGAACCAACAGUCCAGCAGAGACACCAAGCUGCAUCUAAGCCCCGUCAGCAGUGAGGAUGCUGGCAGUUACUCCUGUGCUGUUGGAGGACAUGAGAAUCUCCCCUCCUCAGCCGUGGCCCUCAGUGUCAGAUAUGCUCCGAAGGGCAUGUCGGUGUCGGUCACUCCACGGGGGGACAUAGCGGAGGGCGACUCAGUGUCUCUGACCUGCAGCAGUGAUGCCAACCCACCAGUGCACACCUACACCUGGUUCAGGAGGAGUGGAGACAAAUCCAUACAGGUGGCAACAGGACAGAAGCACAGCAUCGCCAACACCAGCGCUGCGCACAGCGGCCAUUACUACUGUGAGGCGCGGAAUGAUAUCGGCGUGAAACGCACGGACGAGAUAGUCCUGAACAUUAGAUACUCCCCAAAGAACACAUCAGCGUUUGCCAACCCCUCUGGUGGUCUGAACGAGGGCACCACAGUGACUCUGACCUGCAGCAGUGAUGCCAACCCACCAGUGCACACCUACACCUGGUAUAUGAAGAGUGGAGCUGAACCUCUUGUUAGGGGCACAGGGGAGAGCAUCAGCUUCAAUGUGACCUCUGAUACCAGUGGACUUUACUACUGCGAGGCGCAGAAUGAACUUGGCUCUCAGAACUCAACGGAAGUUCAAAUCACUUUAGCGGAGGACCAGGAGAGACCCAUGGUCCUGGCAGCUGAGGUCCUUUUAAUCCUGAUACUCAUCCUCAUUCUCAUCCUGAUAUUGCUGGGUCUCCUCUGGCUGCGAAUCCGAAAGAAGAGACGUCCAUCAGGUUCUGGGACGAGGACCCAACAGGACACAGAGAGCGAUAUCACUACCGUGUAUGCCACUCUCUCAGCAGUGGCCAUGACUGCUGUCCCAGCCCAGGCAGCUUGUGUAGGAUAUGAAGAUGUUGCUCACUAUGCCAACAUUCAAUUCAGUGGAUCCAGCGAACGUGAAGGACCUGUGUACGGCAACAUCCGGCAGCCCAAACCCCCCAAACAGCACGAGGAUGUGGAAUAUUCCACAGUGAAGUUCCCUCAGCCCAGUGCUGCCACCCAAUCUGAGGAUGAAUCUGCAAUCUACAGCACAGUAAAUAAAACCAGCAUGACCUAAGCCGUGUUCCACGACCUGAGUCAGAGUCAAACGAGUGGGGCUGUUGUGGUCUGUGACCACAAGUGAUGCUACCGCUUUCUGUCCAGACAUCUUAGUCAUUAACUUGACACCUUCUUCAGCAAGUCAAAAAUGUCGCUGUCCUUUAUCUGACUGGUUGAAUCAUAUAAGUAAUAAGUGUAAUGGAAUUGUAUUAAGAUAAAGCAUGCAGCCUAUUUAAGCACAAAUGUAUUAUUAGUUUCAUACAAAAUAACGUAGGUUAUUUUUUAUUUUAGGUUAUAACAUAAUAAGGUUAUUUAUCAAAUUUAAUAUUGUAUGUAAUGAUGCCUCGUCCAGAUUUUUUCCAUUGGAGUAUGUGUUUGUGAUGAUAGCACAACAGGAGAUGAAGUCAACACAUUGAGGUAUACUGUAUCUGACUUGUCAUCUUUAUUAUCCAACACUGUGAAGGAGUGGAUUUGUAUUAUUACAAAAUAAUGAUGAAUAAUACACAAGUGACUGUUUCAAUUAUAUGUUUGUAGAAAUAAGUAGUGUCAGUGCAAGCCUUUUUGAAAGUAUAGUAGUGUUUUAUACAAUUAGUGCACUGCACUUAAGUCUCUCUUUUGCGUAACAUUACAGCCAUCAA